AUGGCUAUUAUGGAUGAUUCAGGAUAUAUUUUUGAGGACAAAUUAGAAACCUCCUCCUAUUUGGGCUUCAGUGAAUUUAUGGUGGCUGAAAAUGUACACUUCGUAGCUUUAAACAGUAAUGGUGAUCAUUUUAACGGCGUUUUCGAUAAUCGGGGGGAAUUUUAUGUGAAAAACACUGGCAAGUCAAGAGUCAAUGUGGAAAUGACUGGAAAUGAGUUUUUAAAUGUGGGAGUAUUUGUACUUAACUCCUUAGAAGCCGAAGCCGUCCCUCAAUUCAGGGUUAAAGCAAAGGCUUCGUUUAGGAACUUUGGCGAUAUGUACGUUGGUGUUUCUGGGCUCAAGCCUUGGGUAUCUAUCAUCGAGCUCAGUUCUGAAUCAGAAUGGUAUAAUGCAGGUAUGAUUGUGAUUCGAAGAGAAUCUGACAGCAGAGCUCCAUUGCGAAUGGAUGCCCAAAAGUUGGUGAGAAAGCCUUUCACAUUAGCUCCGGAUGAUGAAGUGGUUGAGAUGCCACCCAUGGUGAAUUCUGGAUCCAUAUGUUUGCAAAAUGCUCAUUGGGAGAACACGGCGAUUCUUUUUGGAGAAGGUUGUAUCAUGGUAGGCUCUGGCUCAUUUUUUAGUUUGGUUCUCCGGGAUAGCGCCGACAUUGGAUUUCAUCAAAAAAUUAUCAUGGAAUCGGACUCAAAGUUAGAAGUGUCUCAGUUUCAGUCAUACGAGAAUGAACCUGUCAUCUUGGUCUCUGGGUUUGGCAGAAAUAAUGAGAUACACAUCGAUAAAAAUACCGAUGGGCUCGCAUAUUGUGAGAGCUCGGGCAGAUUGGUUCUCGGGAAAUCUAACGAGUUGGUUAUAGCUUUUGAUAUUGGCAGAGGGUAUGAUCUGAGUUCAUUCAAUUUGGCUUCGCAAACAAGGAAAAGUAUCUUGACCUACAGCGGUACUGUCCCUUCAGACAGCCGCCAAAUUACAUGCAAGUGUGUCUCUAAGUUUCCUGACACGCCAACAGUAUUUUAG